CCCGCCGUAGCCCGCGCUGCGCUCUCGGUGGCCGCGAUGGCGGACGUGUCCGAGAGGACGCUGCAGCUGUCAGUGCUGGUGGCCUUUGCCUCCGGAGUCCUCCUGGGCUGGCAGGCAAACCGGCUGCGGAGGCGCUACCUGGACUGGAGGAAGAAGAGGCUGCAGGACAAGCUGGCGGCGACGCAGAAGAAGCUGGACCUGGCCUGAGAUCCCCGCGCUGCGGGCCUGCGCGCGGCCCCUCUCCUCUCCCGCAUGGGGCCCCGCCGCCGCCAGGCUCGCCUCGCUCUCGGCUCGCAGCGCUGGCUCUUCCUAGAGUCGCCUGUCGAAGAUGGAUAUGGAGCACUGGACCGUAUUUUCUGCUUGCACUUUAUGAAUCAAUUUUAUUUUUAAAAUAAAAAAUAAUUAAACAUCUUUGAACCUUUUAUUAAAAGGAAAAGGAGUA